AUCUUCACUUUUUUUGAUCUUAAAUACAAUUAAUACAAUGGAAUAUAUUCCAAUUCUUACUGAGCGCGAGCGCUUAGCUGAAGAUAUUUUAACAAACAAGCAAUUGGCUAUAGAUUAUGAUAGAACAAGAAACACUAAUAGAGAAGCGUUAGCUAAACUUAAAAAAGAACCUUUAAAUUCUCAAAAAAAUGUAUGGGUAAAUCUGGGAGACUUCUUUGUUAAGCUGGAAAAAGAUAAUGUAAAAACAUAUAUAGAAAAAGAUCAAAAGAACCUUGAAAAAGAAAUUUCUUCAUUAAGAGAUACAAUAAAACAAAAAACUACGGAAUUAGAAAAAUUAGAAACUGGCGAAAUUAAAAAAAUGAAAGGAUUCGAAUUACGUGGAAUUACUGCUAAUGAUUUAUAUAAUAUCACUGGUGUUAAUAAAGAAUUUGAAUUUGAUGAAUAAUUACUUUAAUUACUUGUUACUGUAUCAGCAAAACCAGGCUAUCAAGGGGGAAUUUAUCAUGCUUUAAUCAAAGACUAUAAUUUUAAUCCACUGGUUUAUCAUUUUUUUGUUUUGUUGUUGGAUUAAUUAAAUUUAUUAAUAAUUUAGUGAAUAAACUAUCAUUUGAUAUUUGACAAUAUUCAAAAAU